UCUCCCAAUCCAUCGAAUGCUCCCCGAUGAAGGUUCUUAUCAGUCUUUGAUUUUAGGUGGUAUAAAAGAGCUGACCGGCUCUCGGGUCUGCAGCCGAAGCAGCAUCUUUCUUCAGAGCGAACGUCCCACCCCAUCCUCACAGAAAUGUCCAGAAAAGUCAUGUUGGUCUUUGCGCUGUUGGUGGCGUCGAUGGCCUCCGAUUCUGCGGCCUCGCCUCAGAGCGCCGCGGCCGGACAGGCGAAGGGAGCGGACGUCCUGCAGCGGCUCCUGGCCAAGAGGGAGGGAGUGAGGGAGGCGUCGGCGACCCGGGCAGAGAGACGGGCGCACCUGUCUGAAGACGAGCGGGAGAUAAUGACCAAGCAGGUCAUGCAAGCCAUCGCAGAGGUGAUAAACUCUGACUGCAUGUUGGGCCGCGACUACCAGGGCUGGGUGGACUUCGGACGCAGGGACGCAGCGGAGUGAGGAAGGACAGCAACUCUGUCCUGGUGUUUGUUCACGAUGUACAGAAAAGUUGAGGCUUGAAAAUGUGUAAAUAAAGACCUUUGCAGAAUGA